AUGGUUUUCCGAAAAGGCAAUGCAAAGUUCACUUUGGAAGCACUGGAGACGAGCUGUGAUGGCAAUUUUGUGGAGUACUUCCACUCUGUUCCCAAUGCCGGUUCACUGUACACAUUUCGGGUGGUCAAGCUGGCGCCUGCCUUCACCAUUGACAUCGCCAUACGAGUGCGAAAAUCGAAGCGAGUGAUGUACAAAGUGGACAAUGUCGAUGGCUGCCACUUCCUCCAGAAUCCACUGAUGAACCGCAUCUUUGGGUCCGUUUACAAGCGGCUGAUUGUGAAUGGCAGCCGGUUCAGCUGCCCCAUCAAGCCGGGCAUCUACUUCCUGAAGAACGAGGGAUCAUUGGAGAUGUUUCCCAGCUUUCAUCCCACGGGACGCUACCAGGUGACCGUGCAAAUGAAAAUGCCCAACUCUGGCAGCCCAUUUGUAAUGCAAAUGAUGUGGAUAUAUAAUAUUGUGCGCUCCCAAUAA